UUUACAUUUUCGUCUUUAGUUUAUUCCAGUUGUUUUCUCCUUCUGUGGUUUAUACAGGAUUUGCUUGAUAGUUCAAGUACUACAACAGUAAGCUGCUUAGUAUUCGCCGAUAUCUCAUCAGUUCGAAAGAACCGACAUCAGCGCAAUACUUCUGUAGUUGGUUUGUCUUCGAAUUCUCAAGGCAUCACAGGGCGACCAUUUUUCUGAGUUCGAUUUUUAUAGUUAAGGUAAUCGUGUAAUAUUGUCAAUGGGUAAAAAGAAGCCAACUGUCCGGGAAGAGGAGAACCCUGUUGCAUCUCAGGGUGGGACUAAAGCUAGGAAGAAGGGGCGUCUCAUCGACGAUGAUGAAUACUCCAUGGGGGUGGACUUGUCUGAGGAUCAACAGAAUAUGGGUCCUGAGGAACAGAAUCAUGAGGAUGUAGCCAUGCCGGCUGCUGGGAAGAAGAAGGGCAAGAAGGGCACCUCCAGGUCGGUGAAACUUAGAGAUGAAGAGCAAGACAAGCUACUUGAAGAAGAGGAAGAGGAUACUCCUGCAAUUGCUUUCACGGGUAAGAAGAAAUCCAAAUCGAAGAAGGGUGGUAAUAAUGUGUUUAGUUCUGCUAAUUUUGAUGUCCUUGAAGAGGAGGAUGUUAAGGACAUAGAUGAACAUAAAGAGAAUGAUGAUAGUGAUGGAGAGGAUGGGCCAGUGUUUGCUUUCUCUGGGAAAAAGAAGUAUUCUAAAUCAUUAAAGAAGAAGGACAAUUUGUUUACAUCUGCUUUUGAUGCUCUCGAUGAAGGGGAUGGUAUUGUGAUUAAUGAACCUGACCAGCAACCAACAGAUGGAGAUGAAAUUGAGAAUGAUGAUACUCCUGUAAUUGCUUUCUCUGGUAAGAAGAAGUCUUCAAAAUCUUUGAAGAAGAGUGGUAGCUUGUCUACUUCAUCUGCUUUCGGUGACCUAGAUGAACGGGAUGAUGCCAAGGAUGAAAAUAAAGAGGAGGACGAUAAUGCUCCUGUUAUUACAUUCUCUGGUAAGAAGAAGUCUUCAAAAUUAGCCAAAAAAGGCGGUAACUUGAUCGCCAGCACACUUCUUAAUGAAGAGUAUAGCAAUGACGUGUCUACAUAUGAACAGCAGUUGGUCACUAGGUCUGCUGAUGAAACUAUUGAUGAAACUGUAGUGGAGAAUGAUGACAUCCCAACAAUUUCUUUAUCUGGUAAGAAGAAAUCUUCAAAAUCCAAGAAGUCUUCAAAAUCCAGUUUUGAUGUAGGCCUCGGUGAUGAAGAACCUGAAGAAACUUCUGUGAGUAGCAGUAGUAAUGUGGGUGAUGAUAAGAAUGCCGCUGAUGCCAAAGCGAAUAAGCAGGGCAGCGAUGAUAUAAUGGAGUCAUCUAUGAACAAAAAGAAGAAGAAGAAAGGUGGAAGGACAGCCCAGGAGCAGGAUGACUUGGAUAAAAUUCUUGCUGAACUUGGUGAAGGCCCUCCCCUUCCCAAACCUACUGCUCCUCCUGAGGAGAAGGUUGCUCCCCAUCUAGAAGAAACAAAGGUUCAUACUCAGCCAGAAGAAGUUGGCUCAGUUGAUUCCAAAGGCGAGGAAAAGGAAGCUGAAGAAAUUGGCGACUCUGCUGCUGUGAAGAAGAAGAAAAAGAAGAAGGAAAAGGAAAAAGAAAAGAAAGCAGCAGCUGCUGCUGCAGCCAUGGUGGAGGUAAAGGAAGAAAAACAGGAAGAAACAAAAACCAAAGUUUCUGACAAGAAAAUUCCAAAGCAUGUAAGAGAAAUGCAGGAGGCACUGGCAAGGCGUAAAGAAGCUGAAGAGAGGAAGAAGAGAGAAGAAGAAGAGAAGUUGAGGAAGGAAGAAGAGGAACGUCGUCGGCAAGAGGAACUUGAGAAGCUGGCUGAGGAGGCUAGGCGCAGGAAAAAGGAGAGAGAAAAAGAGAAGCUUCUGAAGAAAAAACAGGAGGGCAAGCUCUUGACUGGUAAGCAAAAGGAAGAAGCUCGUAGAUUGGAGGCAAUGAGGAAUCAAUUUCUUUCUCAAGGUGGUGGUAUACUCUCCUCUGCAGACAAUGCUAGUGGACCAACAAAACGGCCAAUAUAUCAGACAAAAAAGGCAAGGCCAUCUCAUGCACAAGUUAAUGGUUUGGCUCAUGGGAAGGCUGUAGAAAAUGUGGAGGCUAACGAAAACCAAGAGACUGCUGCUGAGGUUACAGAGGCUGAUAAAGUGGAAGAAGUGGAGCUGCCAAAAAUUGAAGAGAAAGUAGAAGUUCAGCAAGUAGUUGAAGAGAAUGGGGUAGAAGAAGAAGAUGAAGAGGAAGAUGAAGAUGAAGAUGAAUGGGAUGCAAAGAGCUGGGAUGAUACUGCAGUGAAUUUGCCUGUUAAGAGUGCUUUUGAUGAGGAGGAGUCUGAGCCUGUGGUGAAAAGAGAGGCUAAGUGUCUCACAUCACCAGUUUCUGGGGAUGUAGAAGCCCCUGCUGCAGAAACCAAAACUGCAGUUUCUAAAAAAGUUAUUCCUCCACAUAUGCAAAAUCAGAAUCUUGAAAGUAAGGUAGACCAUGAAGUUCAAGUUACGGAUAAUAAUGUGAGAAAAGAAUCUGCAGUGAAAAAAGAAGCACGGCAUGCAGAGGCUGUCUCUAACCGGAGCCCUGACAACCUCCGUUCCCCAAUAUGCUGUAUUAUGGGCCAUGUUGAUACUGGUAAGACUAAGCUUUUAGAUUGCAUCCGAGGCACUAAUGUGCAGUUGGGUGAGGCUGGAGGAAUUACGCAGCAGAUUGGUGCAACCUAUUUCCCAGCAGAAAACAUAAGGGAAAGAACCAAAGAACUAAAAGCUGAUGCAAAGCUCCGGGUCCCAGGUCUUUUGGUCAUUGAUACACCAGGGCAUGAGUCAUUCACAAAUUUACGGUCGCGGGGUUCAGGUUUAUGUGAUAUUGCAAUUUUAGUUGUUGACAUUAUGCAUGGCCUGGAACCUCAGACAAUUGAAUCCCUCAACCUUCUGAAAAUGAGGAACACAGAAUUCAUUGUUGCAUUGAAUAAGGUGGAUAGAUUAUAUGGGUGGAAGACAUGCCACAACGCACCUAUUCAGAAAGCUUUGAAGCAACAGUCAAAUGAUGUGCAAAAUGAGUUCAAAAUGAGGCUGACUCAGAUUGUCACACAGUUCAAGGAGCAGGGCAUGAAUACUGAGUUGUAUUACAAAAACCGAGAAAUGGGGGAAACUUUCAGUAUUGUACCUACAAGUGCAAUCAGUGGGGAGGGCAUCCCAGAUCUUCUUCUGUUAUUGGUGCAAUGGACUUCAAAAACUAUGGUGGAAAAGCUAAUGUUUAGCAAUGAAGUGCAGUGCACAGUUUUAGAAGUUAAAGUUGUUGAAGGCCUGGGAACAACCAUUGAUGUUGUAUUAGUCAAUGGUGUUCUUCAUGAAGGGGAUCAAAUAGUUGUUUGUGGCAUGCAGGGGUCUAUUGUUACCACAAUCCGUGCUUUACUGACCCCCCAUCCAAUGAAGGAGAUCCGGGUUAAGGGACAAUACCUGCAACAUAAAGUGCUGAAGGCUGCACAGGGUGUAAAGAUCGCAGCACAGGGUCUUGAACAUGCCAUUGCAGGCACUGGGUUGUAUGUGGUGGGACCUGAUGAUGAUGUGGAAGACAUCAAAGAAGCAGCAAUGCAAGACAUGAGGGCAGUCAUGAGCAGAAUCGACAAGAGUGGCGAGGGGGUUUGUGUGCAAGCCUCUACUCUUGGUUCAUUGGAAGCAUUGUUGGAGUUCUUGAAGAGCCCAGCAGUGAAUAUACCUGUCAGUGGUAUAAGCAUAGGUCCUGUACACAAGAAGGAUGUCAUGAGGGCCAGUGUCAUGCUUGAGAAGAAGAAGGAAUAUGCCACCAUCUUGGCCUUUGAUGUCAAAGUGACACCUGAGGCUCGUGAGCUGGCAGAAGAGACUGGAGUUAAGAUAUUUAUUGCUGAUAUCAUUUAUCAUUUGUUUGACCAGUUCAAGCACUACAUUGAUAAUCUGAAGGAAGAAAAGAAGAAGGAAGCUGCAGAAGAAGUAGUAUUUCCAUGUGUUCUGCAGAUUUUUCCAAAUUGCAUUUUCAAUAAAAAGGACCCUAUCGUUUUGGGGGUUGAUGUUGUCGAAGGCAUAGCUAAGGUUGGGUCGCCAAUAUGUAUUCCUUCGAGGGAAUUCAUUGAUAUUGGACGAAUUGCAUCUAUUGAAAUAAACCACAAACAGGUUGAUGUAGCCAAGAAAGGGUCAAAGGUAGCUAUAAAGAUUGCUAGCACCAAUGCGGAGGAGCAACAGAAGAUGUUUGGGAGACAUUUUGAUGAGGAUGAUGAGCUUGUUAGCCACAUCACUAGGAAAUCUAUAGAUGUGCUAAAAGCUAAUUAUCGGGAUGAACUGUCUAUCGAGGAGUGGAGGCUGGUGGUGAAGCUAAAGAACCUUUUCGGGAUACAAUGAACUUUAGCAAUCACACAGUGACUGUGCUCCUGUAAUAUACACUAUUGCAACCGAUAUCUUCUCAGGCUCAAGAAAGCAGGUUGUUCAGGUGCUCCAAGGAAACAAAGUUUUGAUGUUGAUCUCUGGGAUGAAGAGCAAUGGGUCUGGGAAGGU